AUGGCUGCCGCUAAAACAAGGGGUUCUGACACAAAAAGGUGAUUAGUAAAUAUAUAAUUAGUUCCAGAUUUUAAAAAAAUAGGAAAAUAUACCGCAGAUACCGCUAAAGCAAGGGGUAUUGCUACCAUAGCCUUUUAUUUUGUUUACUAGUAUAAAUCAUAUACAUCAUUUUUCAUUAAGAUAUAACUAGGCACAACUUAUCUNUUAGAUAAGUGAAAUCAAUAAUUGGUUUUGAUGGAUUAGACAUGAGGAUUGGAAUACAUACAGUAAUUAUUUUAUUAUAUAUUUUAGGGUAAAGUUAUUGGAGGAAUCUUAGGAACAGAAAUUGUAAGAUAUGAUGUCUAUGGAGCUGAUGUUAUGAUUUCUAAUAAAAUGGAAUCUAAUGGAGAAAGAGGAAAAGUCUAAGUAUCUGAAGAUACUAAGUAAUUACUAGAGCAAUCAUAUCCAGAUCAAUUUUUAUUUACAUUCAAUAAAGAAGUAGAAUUCAAAUCAAUUAGUCGAAAAACUAAAGGAUAUUUUAUAGACCCAGUCAAAAAUGAUAGCAAUGAAGAUUUUGAUGAUAUGAAUCACUUUUAAUUUGUUAAAGAUUUAGAACACUAUGAAAAUAAUGGAUAAAAAUGA